GCUACCUAACUUUUUUAUUACAUAUUACUUAGUCUUAGAUUACUGGCGUUCACUGUCUGAGGUGUUCACAUUUAUCUGUAUUCGUUAGGGUAGUUCUUAUAGUGACGCGCUACAACAUUAAGUGGUAUUCCAGGAAAUUCUACCUGAAUUAGGUUCUAUUAAAAUAAUCAUGGCUCAAGAGAAACCAGUUUUUGAUUACCACGAAGAAACACAUGCCGAAAAGUUAGCAAGAAAAUCGAAAGAAUCCCCCUUUAUGGUAAUUGGAUUAGCUGGUCUCGCAACCGCAGUCGGAUAUGGCGGCUACGCUUUCAAAAAUCGAGGUACCAUGAGUACCAGUGUCUAUUUGAUGCAAUUCCGUGUCAUAUCUCAGGGCCUCGUUGUGGGCGCCCUCACCGCUGGCAUGGCUUACACUCUCUAUAAUAAUCACUUCAACAAACCAAAAGCAGUUCAUGAAAAUUAAAAACUGAUGUUCCUUUUUUAAUUAAGUAAUAUAUUUAAUACCGCGCAGGAUUAAAAUAACAAUACCUAUAAUUAUUUUUUGAAUAAACAUAGGCUAGUAUAUUUAUUAAAGUAUUGUAUAUUUGAAUAAGAAAGUUACUUGCUUAUUGAAUUUUUUUGUCAUCUAUGUAAAAGCCAAUCCAAAACAAGCUAUACACAUUUUCGUAACAACUAGUAAUGUACAUACAAAUUGUGCAAUAAUAACAUCUACAGAAUUUUUACAUUUUAAAAAGUUAAGUUUAAAAUUACCACUUAUUCAGUCAUUUAGGCAAAUAUUUAAGCCUCAGA